CGCCCGAAAUAAAUAUUGUGAGAGUUAAUACUGCGACCUUCUACAACGAUUAUUGGAAUUCCUUAUUUACCUAAGACAUUUGAGCACAUCACAAACGUUAAUUGAUUCUCGUUUUUAUAUAUAAAUAGGGAAAUUUGGUUUCGGAUCUCAGAAUAAGUUUCGGUUUUGCAAAAUGAACAUGGGACUGAUAACGAAUAUAAUACUAGUGACUACACUCCUAGUAGCUUUGUGCUCAUGUGCAGCUAUCAAUGAGCGUAAACAAGAUGAUCACAAGUUAGGUGGACCUGAAAAUCCCAACUCAUAUCCACCUGGUCAACAUCCGAAACAGAAAAGGGAAACUCCUAAUGGCGGUAUACUACUAGGUGGACCUGGAAAUCCCAACUCAUAUCCACCUGGUCAACAUCCGAAACAGAAAAGGGAAACUCCUAAUGGCGGUAUACUGCUAGGUGGACCUGGAAAUCCCAAUUCUUAUCCACCUGGUAAACAACCAAAACAAAAGAGGGAAACAACAAAUGAUGAUAUCAAACUAGGCGGUCCAGAUCACCCUGAAUCGUACCCACCAAACCAACACCCAAAACCGAAGAGAGAAACACCAAAUGGCGACAUCAAGCUAGGCGGUCCUGAAAACCCUCAAUCAUACCCACCAAACCAACACCCAAAACAGAAGAGACAAACAUCAAAUGGCAAAAUCUUACUUGGUGGACCUGAAAAUCCUAGCUCUUAUCCACCCGGAAAACAACCAAAACAAAAGAGAGAAACAUCAAAUGACGACAUCAAGCUAGGCGGUCCCGAACACCCUGAAUCAUACCCACCCAACCAGCACCCAAAACAAAAACGAGAUGCUUCUGCCCAAUUGGGAGGACCACAAAACCCAAACAGCUACCCACCUAAUAGCAGACCAACUAUUUUGGGAGGACCCAGUAAUCCCAAUUCUUAUCCACCUGGUAAACAACCGAAACAAAAGAGAGAAACACCAAGUGGCGACAUCAAACUAGGCGGUCCCGCACAUCCUGAAUCAUACCCUCCCAACCAGCACCCAAAACAAAAACGAGAUGCUUCUGCCCAAUUGGGAGGUCCACAAAACCCAAACAGCUACCCACCUAAUAGCAGGCCAACUAUUUUGGGAGGACCCAGUAAUCCCAAUUCUUAUCCACCUGGUAAACAACCGAAACAAAAGAGAGAAACACCAAGUGGCGACAUCAAACUAGGCGGUCCCGAACAUCCUGAAUCAUACCCACCCAACCAGCACCCAAAACAAAAACGAGAUGCUUCUGCCCAAUUGGGAGGACCACAAAACCCAAACAGCUACCCACCUAAUAGCAGGCCAACCAUUUUAGGAGGACCGAGUAAUCCCAAUUCUUAUCCACCUGGUCAACAUCCUCAGAAUAUAAGGCACGUGAGAGAAACAUCUUCAACUACUGAAGCAGCUCCUAAUCAUGCCCUGGAACAGUCAAAAUUAUUGAACAAGUCAGAAGAUAAAAAAGAAAUCAUAAAAACUACCACAUAAUUCAAAGAUUGUUAUUUUUAAUUUCAAACAAAUAAAUCAUUUUCGAGCAGUU